UUGAUAGACUGAUGUUCCUGCGCUCUCAGACCGCUCGCUGCUGUCGCUCCUGGUCUCCAAAGCCAGCCAGCAGCUGCCUGCUCUGCUGUGCACUGCUCCGGAGGCGCAAAGCUGGCAAUUACGCGCCUUGCUGAUAACUUUGGCGCGGUGCUAUAUGGAUUGCGCAUCAGCAACAAGCCAGUGUCUGGAGUAUUCUGUGAUCACUGGGUCAGAUUUGUCUAAUUGAAUCAUCCUUUAAGUGAGCGCUGCAACCUGUAGCUGUGCGCCCCUUUAUUUCAGACAACAUUCCGCUGAGGUGCAAUGGAAGGACACAGCUGACGGUUCUGAAUCCCUAAGUCGAGGAGGAGAGAAGGAAAAAGAAAAAGCGCAGGAAUCAGCCCCGGAGGAAACGAUGUAUGGGCGGUACACCCAGGAGUUGGGUGUCUAUGCCAAGGAGGAGGCAGCCCGCCUACGAGAUGGAGCGGCCCGGGAUGGCGGUGGACUGCGGAGGAAUGCCAGUGUUCGAAGUCGUGCUGCAGAUCUGCUGGAGUACGAGAAAGAUCCCUGUGCAAAGUGCCAAUUGUGUGCAUCACGUUGCCAGAAGUUCCUGAUCUCACGAGUGGGGGAGGACUGGAUCUUCCUCAUUCUGCUAGGGCUGCUCAUGGCUCUGGUCAGCUGGGUCAUGGACUAUGCCAUUGCCUUCUGCCAAGAAGCACAGAAGUGGAUGUAUGGCGGACUGGACAGUAACAUGCUUCUGCAGUACAUCGCCUGGGUCACCUACCCUGUGGUACUCAUCACUUUCUCAGCAGGGUUCACUCAAAUAUUGGCACCUCAGGCUGUGGGUUCAGGCAUUCCCGAAAUGAAGACCAUACUCAGGGGGGUGGUGCUCAAGGAGUAUCUGACGUUUAAAACCUUCGUGGCUAAAGUCAUUGGUCUGACCUGUGCUUUGGGCAGUGGGAUGCCUCUGGGUAAAGAGGGACCCUUUGUUCACGUUGCCAGUCUGUGCGCAGCUCUCCUGAGCAAAUUCAUGGCUGCCCUUUUCGGUGGGAUUUACAUGGAAGAGCCCUUUGAGGGAAGCAAGAAUGAGCUGAGGAACACAGAGAUGCUGUCAGCUGCCUGUGCAGUGGGUGUGGGCUGCUGCUUUGCAGCUCCUAUUGGAGGUGUGCUGUUCAGUAUUGAGGUCACAUCAACAUUUUUUGCAGUGAGGAACUACUGGAGGGGCUUCUUCGCUGCCACUUUCAGUGCUUUCAUAUUCAGAGUACUCGCUGUCUGGAACCAGGAGGAAGAGACCAUCACUGCCCUCUUUAAGACACGUUUCCGUCUGGAUUUCCCAUUUGACCUUCAGGAGUUGCCAGCAUUCGCCAUCCUCGGGAUCGCUUGUGGUUUUGGUGGCGCUCUGUUUGUCUACCUGAACCGGCUGAUCGUGGAGUGCAUGAGAAAACAGAAGACUAUAAACAAGUUUUUGCUGAGAAAUCCAUCUCUUCCUGUCAGGCGUCUGGUGUAUCCUGCUCUCGUCACCCUGUUGGUCUCCACUCUCACAUUCCCUCCGGGCUUUGGACAGUUCAUGGCUGGACAGCUGACCCAGCAUGAGUCUCUGGUCGCACUGUUUGACAACCGCACAUGGUGCCGUCAGGGUGUGGCUGAGGAGUUUGACUACAUCAGCCACCACCAUGCAUGGAAGCACCCCCAGGUCAAUGUCUUCGUCACACUCAUGCUCUUCAUAAUCAUGAAGUUCUGGAUGUCUGCUGUGGCCACCACCAUGCCUGUUCCAUGUGGGGCCUUCAUGCCUGUGUUUCUUAUAGGUGCGGCAUUUGGCCGACUGGUUGGAGAGAUCAUGGCAACUAUGUUUCCUGAUGGCAUACAUGCGGAUGGUAGUGUGUAUCCCAUAGUUCCUGGCGGUUAUGCAGUUGUUGGCGCUGCAGCGCUGUCUGGAGCAGUCACCCACACUGUGUCCACAGCAGUGAUUGUGUUUGAGCUGACUGGUCAAAUCUCCCACAUCUUGCCUGUGAUGAUCGCUGUAAUCCUGGCCAAUGCAGUGGCGCAGGCGCUCCAGCCAUCAUUGUACGACUCCAUCAUUCGCAUCAAGAAACUUCCUUAUCUGCCUGAACUGGGGAUGGGACACCACGAGAAAUAUAAUAUCCGUGUGGGGGACAUUAUGGUCAGGGAUGUGCGCUACAUCACUCUUAACUCUUCCUACCGAGACUUGCAGGAAAUGCUAUUGACUGGUCAACUCAAAACGCUCGCCCUGGUUGAAUCCAGAGAGUCCAUGAUCCUGCUGGGCUCCAUAGAGCGACUGCAGCUCCAGUCGCUCUUGUCUCUUCAGCUGAGCCGCCAGAGGAGACUGGAGUACCUCAGCCAGCAGGCCCAGGACAACGGCACUCAGGACCAUCUGCCCAGUCUGACCACGGAUAGCAGCCCCAGCUCCCCCUGUGCCCACAGCCACCUCAACGCUUCGACCAACACCGGCGCUCGCCAAGGGGUCCGCUUCUUGGUGAGCAACCAAGAGAUCUCCACAGAGGAGUCGUCGUCCUCCUUCAGCCCCGUGGUUUCCAAUGUUCAGCUUCCUCUGAAAUCAGCCUUGAAAACUGUGUCUGCCAUCAGUGAAACAGAGACACCAAAUAGCUCACAGACCCUCUCCUGUGCUGAUCAAGACAAGGAGCUGCUUGAGAGCCCAGCUGGGCCGGCUCCUCCUGAAAAGAUAAAGCUGAAGCCCAAACGAGUGAGGAUCUCCAUGGCGGACUCCACUGAAGUGGAAGACUGCAUGACCCCCGAAGAAAUAGCGGAGUGGGAGGAGCAGCAGCUUGAUGAGCUGGUGGAUUUCAAGAACUGCAAGAUUGAUCCUGCCCCCUUCCAGCUGGUGGAGCAAACAUCUCUGCACAAAACUCACACUAUUUUCUCACUGCUGGGCCUGGACCAUGCCUACGUCACCAGCAUGGGGCGGCUGGUUGGAGUAGUCUCUCUCAAAGAGCUGCGUAAGGCCAUAGAGGGCUCAGUAACGGUGACUGGAGUAAAAGUGCGCCCUCCUCUGGCCAGUUUUCGUGAUAGUGGGAACAGCACAAGCGUAUCCGAGGUAACAGAACUACACAAGCUGUGCAUGCGCCACAGAGGACUGUCGUUGCCACGGGAACCAAACCCUCCGGACGUUGCCAACAGGCCAGAUCUUCCAUACAAAGACAGUCCUGUCAGCUUCUUGGAACAAACAAAUUUGCAGUUUGAAAGCAGCCACAGCGAGAUCACAAACCAGCUGACAGAGUUGGUGCUUCAGGAAAGCCCAUCAUUUAAUGAGGACCAAUCAGAGUUUACUUUUGACUAUAGCCCCUCCCACACUGAGGAAUCAGAGCUGGCCUGUGACUAUGAGCCUUCAAUCCAAACUCCAGAGCCGGAUGUAAUGGAACAAGAGCAAGGGAGUCCAUCUCUGAACAGGGACCAAUCAGAACCUGACGGAGAGGGUAGCGCCGUUCACCCUGAGGACCUGUCCGAAUAAUCAGAUCCUACUGUCAUAUCUUGAAUGUUGCUGUUUCUUACAUUUGUAGAAAUCCAGCCGAGAUACUUGUGUUUCUAAUGUUAGUUCUGUAAGUGUAUGAAAGAAAGUGUGAAAAAAAAGCUGGUUUUAUUUUAUAUAUUUAUUACAGUCAACAGAUCCCUUGAUAAGACCUAAAUUAACAGCUCUUUCUGAGUUUCGUGUGUAUUUCUUUUUAUUGAAAGAUUUAAUAUUUUAUACAUCAGAGUUUGUUUACACGUAUUGGGUGAGUCCCACUGCAAAAGCAUUUCUUUUCCCCACAUAUGCAGUUUGAAGAUAAAUUAUUUUUAGUGAAAUAAAAAGUUUCAUGUUGUAGAUGGAGCACCUCAUCUUUGUUUUUGAGGCUGGAGUAUGCAUUAGCAGCUUAUCACGUGUCACGGAAAUUUCUGAAAUAUCGUUGGUCGACUUGCAAUGUUGUUGACUCUUCAUUUUUAAAUAUUCAUUUGGGAAACUGCUGCGGUGGACUACUGACCUGGUUGAGAUUUGCUUCACAACAUCCAUUUAAUAGCUGUUGAAACUUCCCAGUCAUGUCACAUAAAUUUAAUUAUUCCCUACCUCUUACUAUGCCAUGUAGUAAGUGAUGAAUUUGUUUAGCUUCAGAUCCCAAAAGUCUCCUCAGUGCCUGUGUUUCUUGUAAUGGGGGAUCAUGUCAGGUGAGUUGACACUGUGGCUUAUUGUGUAUUUUUAGUUGUUUUUUUUAAAUGAUGGUGAUAGUAAAUAGCACAUCAGACCAGUCUCAGGCUUCAGCAGUUUGGUUUUCAAAAUUGGAUUUGUUGACGAUAAAAGCAUAUAGAACAUCACCAGCUUUUUCUUUUACUGUACAUGUGUGUGCGUGUGUUUAUAGAUGUCUGCAUGUGUUUGUGUGUGAGAGAGAAACUUUCCAAAUUUGGUCCAGACUAUUAAAAUUAAUUUGACAAAACAGCAUCCUGAUAGCUUGAUGCCAAACAACACAAGUACAGAAAGAAGUCACAUGCAAAUAAUGUAAGGUGGAAAGGAAAAAGAGAAAAUAAUAUAGAAAGCACAGAACAAAAAAAAUAUUCAAAUGAGCACACCUAUGGUGGAAUUCAAACAACUACCUAUUUAAUAACACUGGACGAACAUACAGUAUCUUAGAGGGCCAGAAUAAACGGCUUUUUCUGGUUUAUGUGUCAGCUGAUAUGCAAUAAAUUUAUAUUAUUAAU